AUGGCUAGUUCCAUCCAGCCCUUGCUUGACCUUGACCCCGAGCACAGAUCGUGCAUUGGAGGACGGACGGUUGUCACAUGCAAGGGUUGUGCUGGAAAUGCCCCAAGGUAUACACCUCUGAAACACCCUUCCCAUCUAUACCCCAAUACUAACGCGAUUCCCAGAGGAGCAAUCUGCCCUAGCUGCAACGGUCGCGGCUUCAACAUCUUUGUCUGUGCACACUGCAACUCUGCAGCUGCUGCAGCCGCAGCCAGAGCAACGGCGAACCCCACAGCUGCAUCUGCAGAAACACCCGGCUCUUCGGUACCUUCAUCCCCGGGCUCGCUAAGCCGUACCCCGUCUACUUCGCAUCCGGAUCCAACCGUCGCUCGGUACGCAAAAUAUGGGGAUGGUCGUGACAGUAGCUGUGGACGGAUUGAUAGCAAUAUGAACAAGCCACGAAAUCCAUGA